CUCAAAAUGAUGAAAUCUUCAAUUUAAGCUAUGACCAAGCUAUUAAAAAAGCUACAACUCAAAUUACAGACAUUUAUUUUCUAGUCAGAAUUAUUACCUACUUUGAAAUACUUAAACAAAGUAGUACAAAUCUUUCUAUUUCUUUUAUCUGGAAAAAAUAUAAUGAAGACUAUUAUCCUUAA